AAUGCAAACGCGGAAGCCCCGGAGAGGAUAGAUCCAAACCGAACUCACUCCCCUCGACUAGUCCGUGGAAGGAGCGCGAAUCCUUGCGAGCGUUGCGCGUCUCAGUUGCACGGACACCCCGACCCUCGGCUAUCACCGAACACAGUUGUUUGACGAUUUCGACUGCAUCGUUUGACUUCAGUCCAACAACUUCAAGAUGUCGCUCGUCCCCGCGCUCAGCACCGAGCUGGACAACUGGAGGCCCUUCCGCCGCGCCUCCACCUGGGACCUGCUGGACCGCCCGAUCAAGGACGACUGGCACUGGUACGACCGCGACAGGUCCUACUGGAUGCGGCCCUGGCGCCAGUACGAGGCCGCGCUCAACGGGCUGUCCGAGUUCACCGAGGACAAGGAGAACUACAUGGUGAACCUUGACGUGGGGCCGUUCCGCCCCAGCGAGGUGAAGGUGAAGGCGGAGAACAACUACCUGACGGUGGAGGGCAAGCACGAGGAGCGGGCCGACAACGCGACCGGCGGCUACACCAAGCGCCUGUUCGUGCGCCGCUACCACCUGCCGGACAACGUGAACCCCGGCCGCGUCACCGCCAACCUCUCGUCCGACGGCAUCCUCAUGAUCACGGCGCCCAAGUCGUGGUACCGGUCCGGCUUCACGCACGAGCGCAGCGUGCCGCUCACGCAGACCUACCUGCCCGCCCUCAAGUACAAGAGGAAGUGGACCUAGGCGCGACGCCCACCGUCAAACGGGCCGAGCCCACGGCAAGGGGUGCAGGCUGGAGCACAGAAGUCAAGAUCAAGUCAUUGGCCCAUUUCCAGAAUGACUUGAAUCUGCCCAAUCGAGGCGCGUCAUAUUUUGUCAAAAACUGUCAAACUGAUGACAUGGUCUUGACUUCUGUAUACCACCCGAGGUCAACUCAGGUCAGAGCCGUGGCCGCGACUUCCCGCGUCACUCGUCGGGUCUGACCGUCUCUCAACCGAGGUCCGAUCAUCGGCGUUGUUUUGAAGUGGUCCGUUAGUUCGAUUCGCCUGUGGCGAUGCCGACAGCUUCUUUUCUUUUCUUUAAAAUCCCCAUACCUUGUGUCUUUGCCGAGGGAUUUACGAUUCGAGUUAAUUAUUAAUAAUAAUACCGCCGGCCAGAAAAGGCAUCUCUUGAUGUGUUCCCGCCACUCGCUCUGUUGUGUUGAGGCAAUGCAGCUUUAGCCCAGACGGUGCACACACGCCUUUCUGGUUUCAAAACAGUAAGCAUCUUAUUUAAAUUAUAUAAAUGUAAGGGAGUAUGUCCCAAUAGUUGCUCUAAUCCACAAUGAAUGGAGGAGGCUUCUUAGAGAGCUCCCCACCUUCCGUAGGCUAUUAUUUCAUCCGGCGUUGACAGACGUUUGAAUCUGCACAGUAAUGUUUUUUAGAAACCGUUGAACAUUAGAUCACAACUUUAUGGAUCACUAAUUCGCCUUUAUAAAUAUCUGUACUGUAUGCUGCCUUUGUUUAGGUGCAAACAUUGUUGUGUCUUUUCCUUUUGAAUAUUAAAAUUAUUUGCACAAAA